GAGGCGCGGGGGAUGUGCUCACAGGAAGAGGCGGCGCGCUGUGUCCGGAUGAGCUGGGUGAUGUGUGUGUGAUCCGGGGAGCUGCUGGAGAGCCGGGACGUAGCGGGGACACCCCCCCCCUCAUCGAGCGCACACCCCCCGGUACGGCCGCUGCUCACACCCGGGUGACAGGCGGAGACUGUUCGGCCGCAGACUCCAUGUAGCGGCGCAGCCUGGGGCACAAGAUGGCGGAUUUGUCGCUGCUGCAAGAUGAUGUCCAGGAAGAAAUAGAUGGAUUUGGUGUGGAUGACUACAGCUCAGAGUCUGAUGUGAUUAUUCUACCUUCAGCCUUGGACUUUGUCUCACAAGAUGAAAUGUUGACCCCUCUUGGAAGACUGGACAAGUACGCUGCAAGUGAAAAUAUAUUUAACAGACAAAUGGUUGCGCGAAGUUUACUGGACACCUUAAAAGAAGUCAGCGAUGAUGAGAAAGAUUGUAUUGCUGUGCUAGAGAGGGUUACAAAACUUUCCGAAGAUUCUGAACCCACAGUACGUGCUGAACUCAUGGAACAAGUGCCUCACCUUGCAAUGUUCUGCCAAGAAAACAGGCCAUCAAUUCCCCACGCUUUCUCCAAAUAUCUUUUACCCAUUGUAGUGAGGUAUCUCGCUGACCAGAAUAACCAGGUAAGGAAGACAAGUCAAGCAGCUUUGCUGGUGUUACUGGAGCAGGAACUGAUAGAAAGGUCAGAUGUGGAGAGUAAAGUAUGUCCGGUGCUCAUUGAUCUCACUGCCCCAGACAGCAACGAUGACGUCAAGACUGAAGCUGUAGCGAUAAUGUGCAAAAUGGCCUCAAUGGUGGGUAAAGAUAUAACGGAGAGACUGAUCCUUCCCCGGUUUUGUGAAAUGUGUUGUGACUGCAGAAUGUUUCAUGUCCGUAAGGUUUGUGCAGCCAAUUUUGGUGAUAUCUGCAGUGUUGUAGGCCAAGAAGCCACAGAGAAGAUGCUGUUACCUCGCUUUUUCCAGCUGUGUUCCGACAAUGUGUGGGGUGUGCGGAAAGCCUGUGCCGAGUGUUUCAUGGCUGUGUCAUGUGCCACAUCACAAGAGCUUCGUCGCACUAGGCUCUCUGUCCUUUUCAUUAACUUAAUAAGUGACCCAUCUAGAUGGGUACGCCAAGCUGCCUUUCAAUCUCUUGGGCCUUUUAUAUCUACUUUUGCAAAUCCAUCAAGUUCUGGUCAAUACUUUAAAGAAGAAGAAUGUCAAGCAGCCGAGGAUGUAAAACCGAAUGACUCUACUGAGAGCCAGUCGAAUGAGCACCUGCCAGAAGAUACAGAGAGCAUUACACAAGAAGUAGUGGCAGAAGAUGAUUCUCAACCAGACAACAACCCUGUUACCUUCACUGUGAAGCUAGAAACCAACUUGGAUGAUGAUCCAGCUUCAGAUGAACUUUUUAGGAUCAGCAAUCACUCUGACUUUAUUUCACAUUGCACUUUGCCUUUGGAGAAUUCAGCUGACUCUGUUGAACCAGAACCGGGUUCUCCUGAUGCCGAAGCGUCUAAAGUUUCAAUAAUGCAAUCUCAGGAGAGCCCUGUCACUGAGCAAGAGCUAUUCAAUUCGUUCCAUUACUGGAGGACUCCAAUUCCUGAUAUAGAUCUAGAUCUGGAACUGCGGCAUGCACAAGCGGAAGCACACAGCCCAGACAGUAGGCUAGCAGUUCAGAAGGCAUCAUCCCCUGGCUCCCCGAAUAUAGCCAUGGCCACAAGAAAAGAGCUGGAAGAGAUGAUUGAAAACCUUGAGCCGCACACGGAUGAUCCUGAUGUUAAAGCACAAGUUGAUGUCCUCACUGCUGCCCUUAAAGCUUCCAGCUUAGAAACUCAGGAAGACAGAAAAUCCUCUCACUUGAAUCAGGAGAUCAUCUACCGCAAUGACACAAUUGGGACAGGGAGAAUAAACUUCAAAGUCUCACAAGAUGACUCCUUCCCUUUAAUCAGUGAUUCCGUAGAGUGCAUGCAGUCCACCCUGCGCUACAUCCACAAUGAUUCUGACUUGAGCACUAGUAGUGGCUAUAGCCCUGAUGAAGAAAAAAAAUCCAAAGUGCAGGAUGUUGUACCUCAGGCCUUAUUGGAUCAGUAUCUAUCAAUGACUGACCCAUCCCGUGCCCAGACUGUUGACACAGAGAUUGCCAAGCAUUGUGCCUAUAGCAUUCCAGGAGUGGCCCUUACACUGGGUAGACAGAACUGGCACUGUCUAAGGGACACUUAUGAGACACUAGCAGCAGAUAUGCAGUGGAAGGUACGGAGAACAUUGGCCUUUUCCAUUCAUGAACUAGCAUUAAUACUUGGCGAUUCCCUUACUGCUGCCGAUUUGCUACCAAUCUUCAAUGGGUUUCUAAAGGACCUCGAUGAAGUCAGGAUAGGCGUCCUAAAACAUCUCUAUGACUUUUUAAAACUUCUUCAGCCUGACAGAAGACGAGAAUACCUUUAUCAGCUCCAAGAAUUCUUGGUGACUGAUAACUGUCGGAACUGGCGUUUCAGGGCAGAAUUGGCAGAGCAAUUGAUCCUUCUACUUGAACUGUACAGUCCAAGAGAUGUUUAUGACUAUUUACUACCAAUCGCUUUAACUCUUUGUGGAGAUAAAGUAUCAUCUGUCCGCUGGAUAUCAUUUAAACUGAUUAGUGAGAUAGUUAAGAAGCUGUACUUGGCUCCCAGUCCAACCUUGGCCCUGGACCUGAUGAAUAGGCUUGUGGAGCAGUUCUGCAAGAGCCUGAAAUGGUCAGGACGGCAAACAUUUGUGUUCAUAUGUCAGGCUCUCCUUGAAGAGGACUGUCUUCCUAUGGAGCAAUUUGCUAUGCAUUUAAUGCCACAUCUACUGCAGCUUGCUUCUGAUAGAGUACCCAAUGUCAGAGUCCUUCUUGCUAAGACGUUAAAGCAAACACUGUUGGAGAAAGAGUACUUCUUAACCUCUGCCAACUCUCACCAAGAAGCUGUGGAGCAGACGAUUGUGGCUUUACAGAUGGAUUAUGACAACGAUGUCAAGUAUUUUGCCAGUAUACACCCUGCUAGCACCAAACUUGCAGAUGAUGCCAUGAGCACUGCUUCUUCCACCUACUAGUAGGCAUUAUUGUCCAGCAAAGGUCAGCCUGAACUCAGUCCCAGGACCGUGUUAUUGGCCUUUCUUGUUCCUAUUCUACUUUAGGAGGGAAGAAAAAAAACUAUGAACUCAGAGGAUUGCCACCAAAGCCUUAAGUCUUGUCUUCCUGAGAUGUCAAGAAACUUGAACUGACUGAUGAGUACAUUUAUAUCUGUGAGGGCAUAAAGCUCUAGUCUAGAUUCCUACAUCUUUCACUGCUGGAGCUGGUACUGAAGUGCUUGCAUAUAUGUACUGUGCCAUAAAACGCCAUUCGAUGGAGGGGCCGACAUUAGGAAUGGGUUCUGUGGCUUGCCAUAUGCUGUAGCACUAUUAUGUAUCUAUGGGCCAUAACCUGCAGUGACUUCUACUAAUCAAUCUGUUCCAAAUCAUUGUAGAGAAUUUCCAGUAUUAGGGGCAAAUGGGGUUUUUAUUGAGUGUAUCCCCCUGUCUUUCUUAACGUGUGAAUAGUUUCUUUAUUGGGAUGUGUGUUAACUGAGAAAUAAAGGGCAGUGUACCCUUUUUUUUCUUUCUUAAGGGCUCAGUGCUAACACUACAUUAGAUACUGAUUUUAAUCCUUAAAUGCAGCAUAUUGCUGUACUUCUAGGCAGGCAACAUUGCUGUUAAGUACCUCUGUUCUCAUUUGUUUUCAUGCUGGUCAUGACCUGAAGGAUAUGUAUUGAUUCAUGUGCUUCAAGUCAAGUUUUUUUUUUUUUUUCUAACUUGAUCAUGAUCAACUAUGAGGUGCAUCACUAUUGGUCUUCAUAUAAAUGUACAUAUCUGUUGUACUCCUUGGAGUGCCGCAGUCUUUAAUCAUGAUGUUUAAAGCUCAGUCGUAAUACAAGAAUAUCUGCUUGUCUGAAUAAAAUUUAUUAAUAAGUUUCA